AUGAAGACUCAGAUUCUUGAAACCAUAUAUCCUAUAGGCUCUAUUUAUACGUCAAUGAACUCAACAAAUCCAGAAACAGUUUUAGGUUUUGGUACAUGGCAGCAGAUUGUAGACAAAUUCUUAUACUGUGCUAACUCUUCAAAGCAAACAGGAGGUUCGAAGAAAAUUAAAGAAGCAAACCUUCCACCGCACACUCAUACAGGAACUACAAACUUUUCUGGCGACCAUAGCCACUCAUUAAGAGACCACCCAUUAUACAACUCAGAGUAUGAAGCUGGCAAUGAUGUUUUAUCUCCAUCUUAUAACAAUGCAGCAAAAAAGACUUUUCGACAAACUGAACCAGGAGGAAAUCAUGUCCAUACUUUCACAACAAAUCCAACAGGCUCGGGUGCAGAUUAUAUGCCACCAUUUGUGACUGUAUUUGCAUGGUACCGCGUUCAAUGA